GCGAGCGCACUAGCAGAGUACAGGACUACAGAUGUACAAUAACAGGCUCACUGCUGAAAUAAAGAGGAGAGACAUGUAAUUUCACAGCUAGUUUUAGCACAUGAAUCUAUAAAUUUUACGAGAAAGAUAAGUUCGAUUGGUCAUAUAAUAUCAAUAAAGAGCUAAAUAACAUAUAGAUAGACUGAAAGAUUGCUGCAGUACAGCUGUGAUUUGAGGGGCGUGUUAGUUGGGGUUGGGGCGCGUGUGCGCUCCAUUUCACUUCACCGUUCGAGUGGGCAAAAAGCAGAAUCCUGCCUUUCCAACUCCAAGGGGGAGUUGCCAUUCCUGUCAUCCGGUGUGGCCUUUGGGAGAGGGAGAGAGAAGGAAGGGGAGGCUUCUUCCGUUCCGGCAGCGGCUCCCUCCGCUUUCGGUUCUUUGCAAGAUCGAGCGAGCGCAAUCAUCGAUCGCUGCCAUCAUCACCAGGCAAGCAUGGCAGCAUUAGCGGAUGGAGAGGCGGAUUAUUCUUCUUGGGACAGUGACGACGAGUACCAGAAAUUCAUCCAAAACAUGAACCCUCCAAGGGUCACCAUCGACAACACAUCAUGUCCAAAUGCUACAGUCAUCCAUGUGGACAGCGCGAACAAGUAUGGGAUACUGUUGGAGGUAGUGCAGGUCCUCACCGACCUCAAGCUCAUAGUCAAGAAGGCAUACAUAUCCUCAGACGGGGGAUGGUUCAUGGACGUCUUCACUGUGACGAACCAAAGUGGGCACAAGAUAACGGACGAAUCUGUGCUGCAAGGAAUAAAAGACUACAUUUACAAGUCUAUCGGGCCUGACUCCUGCUUCCUUCCCUCGCGGAGGAGAGCCGUCGGGGUGGAGCCGUCCUCCGACCACACCCUGAUAGAGCUAACGGGGACCGACAGGCCGGGCCUCCUCUCGGAGGUGAGCGCGGUGCUCACGAGCCUGGAGUGCAACGUGGUGAGCGCGGAGCUGUGGACGCACAACGGGAGAGCCGCCGCCGUGAUGCAGGUCACCGACAGGGAGUCCGGGCUGGCGGUCUCGGACGCGGAGAGGGUCGGCAGGAUCAAGGGGCGGCUCUACAACGUGUUCAGAGGGAGGAGCCGGGACGCCAAGACCGCGGUCGCGACGACGGGCGCCACCCACCCGGAGCGGAGGCUGCACCAGAUGAUGUUCGAGGACCGGGACUACGAGAGGCGCGGCAAGGACGAUGGCAGGGCGGCGGCGAGCGGCAGCAACCCCGGUCCGGUGGUUUCGGUCGUGAACUGGCUUCAGAAAUACUACUCCGUGGUGACGGUCCGGUGCAGGGACCGGCCCAAGCUCCUGUUCGACACGGUGUGCACCCUGACGGACAUGCAGUACGUGGUGUUCCAUGGCAGCGUGGAUACCGAGGGCCCCGAAGCUUACCAGGACUACUACAUCAGGCACAUCGAUGGGUGUCCCGUCAAUUCGGAGGCCGAGAGGAAGAGGAUCAUCCAGUGCCUUGAAGCAGCCAUAGAACGGAGAGUGUCCGAGGGCCUGAAGCUAGAGCUGUCGACAGGCGACAGGGUGGGUCUGCUGUCGGACGUGACGCGCAUCUUCCGCGAGAACGGCCUGACGGUGACGAGAGCGGAGGUCUCGACCAGGGGCGACGAGGCGGUCAACACCUUCUACGUCCGCGACGCGGCCGGGAGCGCCGUCGAGCUGAGGACGCUGGAGGCCAUCCGCCAGGAGAUUGGCCAGACCGUUCUCCAGGUGAAGGGGCACCCCGAGCAGCCGAAGCCGCCGGUAGCCGCGCAGGACUCGCCCACCAGGUUCCUCUUCAGCAGCCUGUUGUUCAGACCGAGGUCGCUGUGCAACCUCGGGCCCUGAUGAUGAGUUCCAGCUCCAGUUCCAGCUAGCGCAGCGCGUGCAUGAGAAUUGAGAACUGUCUGUUGUCGGGAGAUGCUGCUGUACCCCAAGGGCCCAAGGGCAAGAGUUGUACAACGCGAUCAGGAGUGUUCAUUCGUCAGAAGCUCAGAACAGGUGACCAGAAGUCGUUUAAAGCGAAGCCCACACCCAACAGCUGGUGAAUACUGAAUACACCCUAUAGCAUCGUCCACCGUUGAGUAGUGAAAGGUGUAGUUCUGUAAGGCUAUCUCCAGUCCUGUCGACAUGGUGGUGCCCCAUUGCAAGUAUGAUUCAUUCAAGCUUGCUGUAAAUACUGCCUCCCACGGCCAUCUCCAUCUAUUUAUUCUCUAGACAUCAGCAGCGGUCACUGAUGGCGUUGCCUCUUGGGGAUAUUCAGAGGCUGGGUCUGUCA